AGUGACACCAAUACAGUGAUCAGUACUAAGAAAAAGCACUGACACUGUACUAAUGGCACUGGGCAGGAAGGGGUUAACAUGUGGGGUGAGCAAAGGGUUAACUGUGUGCUGUUUCACUGUGUGCUGUGUGUGCCUCACUGCAAGCACACUGCUUUGUAUGGCUCUGCAGCAGGGGCGGACUGACUAUUGGGGAACUCGGGCAUUGCCCGAGGGCCCGGGGUCAGUAGGGGGCCCCAUGAGAUGCUUUUUUGGGUGUGAUUUGAGUGUGGGUGAGGAUACAGGGGCCCCAUGAUCCCCUAUUGCCUGGGGGCCCCAUGA